CCGGCUGUUGUGGAAGAGGUCUUCUUUGGAAAUGUCUUAAAAGCUGGGAUUCCCUAUUCAGUGAUCUGACCACUAUCAACAAAGUCUGUGCUUCAGGAAUAAAAGUGGCUCAAAGCAUCCAGCUCGGUUUGAAUGAUAUUGUUGUGGCUGGUGGAAUGGAGAGUAUCUCAAACGUCCCAAAGUACCUCGCAAGAAGGGGUUCUCGGUUAUCCCAUGAUAUUGUUGUUGACGGUAUGAUGAAAGAUGGGCUCUGGGAUGCGUAUAAUGACUUUGGAAUGCGAGUUUGUGGAGAAAUCUGCGCUGACCAGUACCGUGUUACAAGAGAAGAACAUGAUGCUUAUGCUAUCCAGAGCUUUGAGCGUUGUAUUGCUGCACAAAAAGCUGGCUGACUGUUCUAAGUUGUUUCUCCCAGCAGGUUGUAGCUCUAGCCAGUCAGAAACUGCUGGGAUUAGAUCCUGUGAGUCAUAAAACAAGUGCAGUUAUUGAUGUUUCAGUCUUA